UAUCCUUGUUUUUAUUGUUUCAUAUUUGACACUUGACAGUGACAGAUAAUUUAGUUUGCAUUUGGGAAAUUGGCGGAAAAAUUGUGAUAUUUUUCCCCUUUAGUGUAUUUUUGUGUUUGGUGGCUUUUAUUCGAUAUUAUUAAAGUUCAUUUUAUCAACCCAAUGAUGUUUUCUAUAUCUAAGUUCGGUGCGUUUCGAAGUGUACAUCACCUAUCGAAGCAACUACACACGACAAUGGUUCAUUUUGAUACACAAAAAACUGAGAAAACUAUCAAUCAAGUCACAUUACUGGGAAGAGCUGGUGCAGAUCCCCAGAAACGAGGCACAGAGGAACAUCCAGUAAUCAACUUCCCGCUUGCUACACAUUACAGCUACAAAUAUGAGUCUGGAGAUAUUUUACAGAGAACUGAUUGGCAUAGAAUUAGUAUAUUUAAACCUGGUUUAAGAGACACAGUGUAUAAAUAUCUGAAAAAAGGCCAAAGAGUAUAUGUAACUGGUAAACUGUCAUAUGGGGAAGUCAAACUUGAUGAUGGUCAAGUGAGGAGUGCGUCUACAGUGAUAGCAGAUGAUGUUAUCUUCUUUCAAAAUCAACAGCAUCCUGAAAAUUAAUUAAUCUUAGUAUAAAGUAGUAAGUGUAAGAAUAAAUGCCAUUGUUAAUCAAAGAAUCUUUAUUUUUACUAUUACUUUUAAUAUACUUUAGAGAAAUGAAAGAACUACAUGUUAUAAAUUUAAAAAUGGAAUAAGUUAUAGAUUAGGUUAUGCCUUUGUGAUAUAAGUUGUUCUUGAUGCCCACUUAAGAUAACAAAGAAAAUAAAUAUAUUAGUUUAGUAUAAAUAGUGACAUCUAUGGUGUGUUAUAAAAGAGCUGGGCUGCAGAGACGGAGCAUUCCUGCCAAUAUAGUAAAGAUGGCGUUAGUAGCUCAAUCACUUGAUAUCAUAAUAAAGUCUUUUUAAAUAAACUUUAUUAAAAUAGAAUGUAGAAAGACAAACAAUAAAUACGCUAAAUUCCAAAAAAUGAUAAGUUAUUCUGUAAUCAUUUUAAGUUAUUAAAAUUUAAAUUAACUCAACAACAGGUGGCGCUGUACAAAGCAAAAAAUAAUUUGUGGAGGAUCAUAACUACUUACGGUCACCGUAAAAAUUUAAAAAUAUGUUAUCACAAAAUUCAACGUUAAUACGAUACUAAAUCUUACUAAAGUCGAUUGUCCUUUUGUCAUCAGAUAUGAGUUGUGCUUUAAAGCCAUUUUUCACAUUUUUUUUCAUAAACCAGUUUUC